AUGACUUCUAUUGAUUCGACCAAGAUCAAACAAAUCGAAACACGACUAUUCAUCAAUGGAAAGUUCGUGGAGUCGUCUGACAACCGCACCUUUGGCUUGACAUCGCCAACUACAAAUACAAAGUUUGCCACAGUCUACGAAGCGAGUGAAGAUGAUACAAACGCAGCAGUGGCAGCGGCAAAGGCAGCCUUCCCAGCAUGGUCUGCGCUUUCGCCAAGUCAGAGAGGAGCCUACUUCAAGAAACUGGCUUCCUUGAUUCUUGAAUCGCACGAGGAACUUGCUCAGCUAGAAGCUAUGUCCAUGGGUCGUCCUGUUUCUGGCUAUUUCGAUUCCUACGCAGCAGCAAUCACCUUUGACUUCUACGCCGAGAACGGCUAUCAAGCUCUAGGAACAACCAGCCUUAACACCCCUGGUUAUGUCAACAUGACUGUUCGUCAGCCUUUUGGUGUUGUCGCUGCUAUCAUUCCUUGGAAUGUUCCGAUUUUAUUCCUCGCGGGCAAGUCUGCCCCUGCCUUAAUGGCGGGAAACACAGUGGUGAUCAAGAGCAGCGAAAAGGCCCCAUUAACGUCCGCCAAAAUUGCGACCCUUGUGGAAAAGGCCGGUUUCCCCCCGGGUGUGAUCAAUAUCAUUUCGGGGCAUGGUCAAAUUUCAGGGAACAUUCUAUCCCACCACAUGGAUGUUCGCGCAUUGAGCUUCACGGGAUCAGGAAGAACAGGACGUUUGAUUCAGACUGCCGCUGCUGAAUCCAACAUGAAGAAUGUCAUUCUGGAACUCGGUGGAAAAUCCCCGGCAAUCAUCUUCCCCGACGCAGACAUCGAAAAAGCGGUCGAGGAAACCAAGAACAGUAUUCAAUGGAAUAGCGGACAGGUUUGCAUGGCAAACUCGAGGAUCUAUGUCCAUGAAUCGAUCGCAUCAACCUUUAUCGAGUUGUUCAACAAGCGAUUUGCCGCCGUUGCAAUUGGUGACCCGCUUCUACCUGACUCGAACCACGGACCACUUGCAGACGAAGCACAAUUCAGGCAGGUUCACGCCUAUAUUGAAAGUGGAAAGGAAUCUGGUAAGAUGUCCUUGGGAGCAGAGACAAUCGACCACGAUACGGGAUUCUUUGUCCGACCGACGGUGUUCCUAGAGACACAAGAGGAUGCAAAGGUGAUGAAAGAAGAGAUAUUUGGACCCGUGGUCAAUAUCAACACCUUCUUGGAUGAAGAUGAGGUGGUUGCAAAGGCGAAUGACACGGAGUUUGGCCUCUAUGCUGCAGUAUAUACUAAGGACAUCAAUCGUGCUAUGAGAAUAGCCAAGAAACUGGAGUCAGGAACGGUUGGAGUUAACUGCACUAGCCCAACUACGGCUCACGAUCUGCCAUUUGGAGGCUAUAAGAGUAGUGGGCUCGGUCGGGAGGGAUGGACUGUCAGCCUCAACAACUUCCUUAAAACAAAGUCCAUUCUGAUAGAGGUUGACGAUGCCUGA